AUGAGCGGUUUUGAUUGUUCAUUACUUGAAGAACAACAUUUUCAAACGUCAGAUUCACUUAAAGAUGGCGCUAUUUCAUGUUCAGAUUGGUCACGUUUUGCUAUAGCAUCAUCAACUGGUUUUACAUUAUUAACAUUUAGUGGUCAUUCAUCACGUAAAGUUCAAUUAUUUACUGUUUCAUGGUUUCAACUUGAUCAACAUCUUGAACAAGAUGAUUUAAGAUAUUAUACAUAUACACCAUUAGCACUUUUUUGUCCAGAUUCAUUACGACCUGAUGGUGCUCGUUUAUUAGCUGUUGCUUCAUCAACAGGACAACUUGUUAUAUGUGAUGCUAAUCAAGAAUCACCUGUAGUUUUAUUUAAUGUUUCAAAACGUUGGCGAUCACAAUUAGAUGAACGUAAUGGUAAUAAUUCUACAACAACAAGAAAAACAGCAACUAGUAAUGGAACAACUGGAGGAUUAUCACGUGAUGAAGAAGCAUUAUUAGUACCAACAUGUUUAGGUUGGUCAAAUGUUCUUCGUCGUGAUUCACCAUCACGUUUUGUUCUACUUUUUUGUGGUCUUGAAUCAGGACAUGUUGCUAUAUGGCAAUUAUCUGAACAACAACCAACAAAUAAUCUAACAUUAACAUAUGCUGCUUUACUUGAACCAAAUGCAACUGAACCAUCAAUAACAUCAUCAUCAUCAUCAUCAUCAUCAUCAUCAACAACAAAUGAAACAACAUAUAGACCACCACAUAAUUCAAUAUCAGCUAUGGCAUGGUUAUCAUUAUCUGAUACAGCUGGUAUAUUAGCACUUGGUUCAUCACAUGGACAUGUAUCACUUAUAUCAAUAUCAUUAACUGGUAAUGAAUUAACACCAUUACUUGCAUAUACAAAACAAGAAUCACCACAUCUUGUUUCAAAUGGUGCACGUAUACAUCAUAUUGCAUUAUAUCAACAAUAUAAUGAACAUCGUUUAUUUUUUGCACAAAUGGAUUCAAUUGUUAUAGCAACAUUAAAUAUAACAUCAACAGGUUAUAAUACAUCAUGUUCACAAUUUACAAUAAAAACAGUUAAUGAAUAUGCUUUAAAUUCAAGUGUAUUAACACAUUUUUUAUCUGAUACACAAGAUUUAUAUUUAAUUUGUCGUGAUGGUUUUAUACAUCGACAAGUAACACAAACAUUUAAUGAUCCACAUAUUCAUCAUCAUCAUCAUCCAGCACAACAUACAACAAGAUUUGAACAAUUUUGUCAAUUAUUACCAGCAGGUUAGAUUUUUUUCUUUUUUUUUAACCUAUACUCGAAUCUAAUAUCGGUGCCAGAAUAUAAGAUACCUGAUUGUUUUUUGAAUAACUUUUGACAGCCAAGAUUGAAGAGUAAGCAAAAACUUUUCUGAGAAAAAAGUCCGAAGUUUGAUUUUUCAAAGGAUCUUUGAAAAACCAUGCUGGUAUUUUGAAAAUUCUCAUAGAAGUCUAUUGAAUAUUUUACAUAUUCGGCAUCAGCAUGAAAAACUGCGUCGACUCAUAUUUUUUCAUCGAAAAUUUUCCUCUGGGCCAUGUCAAAAAAUGACAAAGGACGAAUUUUCUGGCGAAAAAAAAAUUUCAUUAAAAGACUAGAAAAAUAUAGGAAUCGACGCAGUUUUUGAUGCUGAUUCCGAAUAUGUAAAAAAAUCAAUAGACUUCUAUGACACUUUUCAAAACGUCAGCGUGGUUUUUCAUAGAUUCUCUGAAAAACCAAACUUCAGACUUUUUCCUCAGAAAAAUUUUUUCUUAUAAAAAUAUGCUCUUGGGUUUUGGUUAUCAAAUGCUGAAAACCACAGGUCUCUAUCAAUAUACUUAGUACAAACAUUCCGGAGGAUUUAGAUAUGGAUUUUUCAAGAACAAAAUUUCUCGAAAAAUGAUAUACAGUUAUUUUUAAGUAAAAGUAUUCGCCUCCGAGUAAUAGUCACAUGUUUCUCUGCUAUUAUAAAAAAAAAAUGCGCACUUUCUCUUCUCAUAGCAGCUGGAAUCAAUGG